AUGCUCCCUCUGGCCGUCCUCCUCUCUCUGGUCGCGGCCUCUGCCGCCCAGAAUUACUCCUUCCCCAAAGGCUUUGACGUCAAAAGUGUCGAACUGGCUACUCGCUCGUCCUGGUGUACUGCUCAGCGCAGCACCUGUCCUAAGAUCUGCAAUGGCAAGACCGAUGAGAACAGCUGCGAGCCGGAAAACCUCACCUUCUCCUGCAAAUGCGACAACGGAAUCGCCGACCUCGAGGACUACAAGCUGACCGUUCCCUUCUUCGUCUGUCAAGAAAACUUUGGCAACUGCAUCGCCGCUCAUCCAGACGACGCUGAUGGCCAGGACCAGUGCAAGAAGGACAACCAGUGUGGUACUCGCAAUGCCACUGAGACGGCCUCCAAGUCAGACUCGGAGUCGUCCUCGUCCUCUUCGGACUCUUCUUCGCCGUCCUCCAGCUCGACUGCCACUUUGACUAGCUCCCACCAAACGGACAACUCGGACUCGUCUGCGGCCAGCAGCUCUCCUUCGACCACGGCCAAUGCGGCAGCAGCUCUGCGUAUGGCUCAGGGUCACUCGACCGGUGUGUUUGCGACGGCGUUGCUGGUUGUUAUGGGAUUGGCUCUGUAA